AUGAAUGAAAUAGUAAUGUUCUCUCAGCCUGCCUGGUUGAAGCAAAAGCCACUUGCUCCUCAGAGUAGUAACUUCCUGGUGGCCUCCACAGUCCUCUCCAGGCAGAACGCAGUCUCCUAUGUGAUUAGAGAUGAAGUGGAGAAGUAUAACCGAAAUGGGGUAAAUGCACUUCAGCUGGAUCCAGCGUUAAACAGACUCUUCACAGCGGGCCGAGACUCUAUUAUAAGGAUAUGGAGUGUCAAUCAGCACAAGGUAUUUCAGGUCUCCUAUGUGAUUAGAGAUGAAGUGGAGAAGUAUAACCGAAAUGGGGUAAAUGCACUUCAGCUGGAUCCAGCGUUAAACAGACUCUUCACAGCGGGCCGAGACUCUAUUAUAAGGAUAUGGAGUGUCAAUCAGCACAAGCAAGACCCUUAUAUAGCAUCUAUGGAACACCACACAGACUGGGUAAAUGAUAUUGUGCUCUGCUGCAAUGGUAAAACAUUGAUAUCUGCUUCUUCAGAUACUACUGUUAAAGUGUGGAAUGCACAUAAGGGAUUUUGCAUGUCAACACUAAGGACACAUAAGGAUUAUGUGAAAGCCUUAGCAUAUGCAAAAGAUAAAGAACUGGUAGCAUCUGCCGGGCUGGACAGACAGAUAUUCCUCUGGGAUGUAAAUACUCUAACAGCACUGACUGCCUCAAAUAACACCGUAACAACUUCUUCCCUGAGUGGGAACAAAGACUCCAUCUACAGCCUUGCAAUGAAUCAGAUGGGAACAGUUAUUGUAUCAGGGUCCACUGAAAAGGUUCUGAGGGUGUGGGAUCCGAGAACUUGUGCAAAACUAAUGAAACUCAAAGGGCACACAGACAAUGUAAAAGCUUUGUUGUUGAACAGAGAUGGCACCCAGUGUCUUUCAGGUAGCUCUGAUGGGACUAUCCGCCUGUGGUCCCUUGGGCAGCAGAGAUGUAUAGCCACAUAUCGAGUCCACGAUGAAGGUGUUUGGGCUCUGCAGGUCAAUGAAGCCUUCACUCAUGUUUAUUCAGGAGGAAGAGACAGGAAGAUUUAUUGUACAGAUUUACGAAAUCCUGAUAUCCGUGUGCUUAUCUGUGAAGAAAAGGCACCCGUUCUUAAGAUGGAACUUGAUAGAUCGGCUGAUCCUCCUCCAGCACUUUGGGUUGCAACAACUAAAUCCUCUGUGAAUAAGUGGACUUUGAAGGGAAUUCAUAAUUUUAGAGCAUCUGGAGAUUAUGAUAAUGAUUGUACCAAUCCUAUACCACCCCUGUGUACACAGCCUGACCAAGUUAUAAAAGGGGGUGCUAGUAUUAUUCAGUGCCACAUUCUUAACGACAAGAGGCACAUAUUAACCAAAGACACAAAUAAUAAUGUGGCAUACUGGGAUGUCUUGAAGGCAUGUAAAGUUGAAGAUCUUGGGAAAGUAGACUUUGAAGAAGAAAUUAAGAAGAGAUUUAAAAUGGUGUAUGUGCCAAACUGGUUCUCAGUAGACUUGAAAACUGGGAUGUUGACAAUUACUUUGGAUGAAAGUGACUGCUUUGCAGCCUGGGUUUCAGCAAAGGAUGCUGGAUUUAGCAGUCCAGAUGGUUCUGAUCCAAAAUUAAACCUUGGAGGGCUUCUGCUACAGGCACUUUUGGAGUAUUGGCCUAGAACACAUAUCAAUCCAAUGGAUGAAGAAGAAAACGAAAUAAACCAUGUGAAUGGUGAGCAGGAGAACAGAGUCCAGAAAGGAAAUGGGUAUUUUCAAGUGCCACCACAUACACCAGUUAUUUUUGGUGAGGCUGGAGGACGCACUUUGUUCAGGUUAUUAUGUCGGGAUUCGGGUGGUGAAACUGAAUCUAUGCUUCUUAAUGAAACUGUGCCACAAUGGGUAAUUGACAUCACUGUGGAUAAAAAUAUGCCCAAAUUCAAUAAGAUUCCCUUCUACCUCCAACCGCAUUCAUCAUCAGGGGCAAAAACUCUAAAGAAAGACCGACUGUCAGCAAGUGAUAUGCUUCAGGUGAGAAAAGUGAUGGAACACGUGUAUGAGAAAAUCAUCAACUUGGAUAAUGAGUCUCAGACAACCAGCUCUUCCAAUAAUGAAAAGGCAGGAGAACAAGAGAAAGAGGAGGACAUCGCUGUGCUGGCAGAGGAGAAGAUUGAGCUUCUGUGCCAGGACCAGGUUUUGGAUCCGAAUAUGGACCUUCGAACUGUAAAGCACUUCAUUUGGAAGAGCGGUGGUGAUCUGACGCUUCAUUAUCGCCAGAAGUCAACGUGAAGGGCUUGGUGGACCCAAAUGGUUCCUUAUUUACUUGACCAUACUGUACUGGUUCCAAGAGUAGUACUAUAGAAGCCCACUGAACCCCUAAGGUAGAUGAGACUUCUAAUGACUCAGUAUGGACGGAAAGUAUACAUUUAAUUGAAGUGACUAAUAGAUCUGUAAUAUAGAGGAAAAAAAAAAAAUAUCUAUAUGACUUAAACUAAAGUCUGUCCUCAUCUCAGCCAAUGAGAUGGGAAGUCCCUGAGUGGUUCGUGUUGUGUGAGGUGUACAGAGAAUGGAUGAUCAUCCAGUGCAGACUUUUGCUUCCUCCUUUUUGCUUUCAUUUUUUUUUUCCAGACCAUAAUAUCCUCAUCUGCUCAUGCUUGAUAUGAAAUCUUUUUGGCCAUAGUAGUCACUGUGUUCACAAUAGAAUUCAGAAUUGCACACAAGGUGUUUUUUUUUUUUUUUUUAGUACAUUCCAUUCAUAAAAUUCCUACAACGAUUUCUCACGGGUUACUCAAACGCUUCUACCACUUAAAGAAAUUUGGAAAAGAAAACCAACAGCAAAUAGGUAUUGUAUACUUGAAAGAAUUGGCCCAUUUAAUUGCAAAUGAAGGGUUAAUAUUAGAAUUGUUUUAAUAUUGCAACACAAUUGUUGCUUUACAGAGCUGUUGACACACAGAAUGAGAACACUAGAUAAAUAUUGUAGCAGUCAGUCCAGUGAUGCUGUGCAUCAUCAUAGAGUGAACAUGCUUUGCAGCAACUUAAAGUCUUUUCUUUGGGUUUUUUUGUUUUGUUGUUUUUUUUUUUUAAAUAUCUAUAACUAUUUCCUGCACUGUGUCCUAGGUGUUCUGAAGACACACGAGUCUAAUUUUUGGUAACUGUGCUCCAAAUCUAUGUGACGUUUUGUUAAAACUUCAGACCAUUCUGCAAAUAACUUCAUAUGUUUAAUGUUAAACUUUAGAAAACUUCUCAGCAGAUUUCAUAUUCAUGAUAUAAAAAUACUUAUUCUUCUUUUCCGAUGUUUUAUAUGCAGUUGUUCUUUUGUUAUAGAUUUAUGCGGAUCUUCUUUUCACUGUUAUUUCUAAAAAUCUGUGACUGUCAUAGACUCAUAGUAGUCUUUUAUAGAGUUUAACUUAUUGGGGGGAGGGGGUAAAGGCAUUUCAGCUUUUCGUGAGAAAAUGUGGGGCUGUCCCAGAAAAACCAUUUGCAGCCAGAAAUUACAAAUUACAAAUCCUCGUAAAGAAAUUGUGUAAAAAUGACACUUGUCUGAAGCAGAAGCACAAAGUGCCUUCAAAGGGCAAUAUAUUAUUGGAGUUUCUUCAGGAGACAGAUGCUCUUGCCCUUCCUGUAUCUUGCUGUCAAGAUUUAGGUUGAGGCCUAAAGAAAGUCCCAAUAAAUUCUAUUACUGGGAUCGUAUUGGUCAGAACAAAAAGUAAAAUAUUUUUCAUCGUAUUUUAUUUGAAAAAAUAAUCAAAUCAUUACCUUCUGCACACUCUUAACCGAGCUAAACCAACUCAUCACUUAAACAAAAGAUAUGGUUGAGAACUAAGCCAGCAUGUCUUUUUUUUCCCUGUCUUUUGGGAGUCAGUUUCAGUUUCUAAUCCCCAUUUCUGUGUAUGCUCACUUUGACACAAUUGUGCUAGAACUGCACAUUUUUUUAGUGAUAUUUGUGAAUUUAAUAGUUAAACAGAACUGUAACUUUUAUUGAUAAACUGUCCUGACUUGUAUUUAUUAAUAGCAAGGGUCUAUGCUUGUUCCAACAGGCACUGUUUGGGUUUGGGGUUGGUUUUUUUUCUGGUUGUCUUGCUGUCCCAUUGUAUCCAUUGGAAUUGCUCCCAGUGAUUUUGUUUGGAAUCACCCAAGGUGGUAAUUUUUUUUUUAUUAUUUUUUUUUUUUCCUUUCUAACCAUCCCAAAACACAGUUUCGAGAAAGAUUGACAGAAGAGUCUGCAAUGCCAGAAGGGUUAAUGAUGUUUCACAGUUGUAUAGAAUAAAAGGCUUUAGUUAAAAUAU